GCCUUGCUGCGAGUAAGCCAUAAAUAGGAUGGACUGCGGCUAAUUUUGUUUAUGAGCGGCUAACGGUGAAAUCAAGGGUAGGGCACGUAAAUAUCAUCCAGAAUGUCAGAACAACCACCUCCAGUUCCACCUCUACCUAUAGACUACAGUGCACCUCGACCACCACCACCACCUCCUAUACCACCACUUCCAAUAGAAUAUCUCAGAGAACAAUCCAAAUCACCUUUACCUGCUCCUCGUCCACAUCGAGUUGAUCUAGAUCUACCAUAUAACAUGGCCAGAUCCUUGGACAAUGCUGUUUAUCCUCCUCAUCAACGCAACCCAAACCCAGGUUUUGUCCCACCACCCCCCUGGAAUCUACCUCCCGUUUCUCUCCCAGCUUCACCUCGUCCACAUCACUCUCCUUCAAUGCCACCACUUCAACCUCACCACCCGCGACACUCUCCUCCUGCACGUGCUCAAAGUCAGAGCGCCGUUCCCAGUCUUACAGCCCCUAUUCCAACCGUACAAUCUCUCUCCAUUGCACUUCCCACAAUACAACAGCCCGCUCAUGAUCCCGCACUCAAACUCGCUUGGGCCCGUGACGUUCUUGUCCUCGUAGAUCGUACUCAACAUCCUACCGCAACUGACAUCCCAGCGGGUCCAGUCACAAUUACUGAUCCACAACUACAACGUCUCGUCGCAACCGCAGUCCCUCUCAUACAGCAUCUCGCAAACUUAAAUCAACAACCACUUCCUUUGUUCGCAGCUGAAGCAAUAUACCUCCGUGCUACCCUAGAAUCAAGCGGUGCUUACCCCGAUCGCAUCCCACACAAUCCCCGUCAGGCAUUCCGCGAUUUCGAAGCUGCUGCACGUGCAGGUUACGCCGCUGCAUGGUUCCGUCUCGGUCGCGAUUACGAAAACUUUAACGAUGCAAUUCAUGCCAAAGACUGUUUCGAACGAGGCGCAAAGUUGGGCGUCGAAAGCUGUGUUUAUCGCAUGGGCAUGGCCAAUCUACUGGGUCAACUAGGUCUCCCCCCAAACCCGGCUGCUGCCCUCCCCUUUUUGCAGCGUGCAGCUACACUCGCCAGUACUACUACCCCUCAACCCGCUUAUGUCUAUGCCCUCCUCCUCCUCGGCGAAUUCUCCGCUGCUUCGCUGCCUGCUUCUCUCCUACCUCAACCACACAUCGCUCAAUCAGAGGCCCGUCGCCAUCUCGAGCGUGCAGCCUACCUUGGUUUCGCACCCGCACAAUACAAGCUCGGCCACGCUUAUGAAUUUGCCAGUCCGCCUUUCCCCUUUGAUGCAUUACUCAGCGUCCAGUAUUACUCUCUCGCUAGUCAGCAGGCCGAGGUCGAGGCAGACAUGGCCCUCAGCAAGUGGUUCUUGUGCGGUGCAGAAGGCGCAUUCGACAAGGAUGAAAGUCUUGCUUUCACCUUUGCCGAAAAAGCUGCCAGGCGCGGGUUACCGAGCGCUGAAUUUGCCAUGGGGUAUUAUAAAGAGGUCGGUGUGGGCGGUGAAAAGGAUAUCCAGGAAUCGAUGAAGUGGUACUCCCUCGCUGCUGAACAUGGAAACACAGAUGCUGUUGAACGUAUCGCAGCGCUUAACCAGGUCGUCCCUCAAGCCCUUUCACGACAAGAGCACGACACCAUCACCGAAGCCCAGCUCGUCCGCAAGCGUACUCAAGCACGGGAGCGAUCAAGUGGACAGCCACGCAUGAGCGCGGAAGAUGGAAGACAAGUCAUGGAAAUGGCGAGAAAGAGCUCGAUCGUGCGACAACAAUCACCACCGCAGGCGGCGCCCCCGCACAUGAUCUCGCUUGUUGAGAAGUCAUCGCCUUCUGCUGUACCCCAGCAACUACCUCCACAACAACAGCAACAGCAAUCGCAAAGGCAGUUCGCGGGUCAACAUCGGUACACCCUUGUAGACCCUGGAUCAGGAGGUGCGCCGCCGUCGCGUCAACAGUCGCCGUUACAGCAGCCACAGCCACAGCCACAACCACAGCCUGCGUAUGCAAGAGCGGCUGGGAGACCGCCUGGCCAGAGGCAAGGAUCAGGGCCACCUCAGGGGCAGUCACCACAGGCUCAGGCUCAGCUCACACAGGGCGAUAGAAUCCCUACUCCUCAAGGGACUACACGUCCCCCAGGUCCAAAACCCCCCACCACAUUUGCAGAGAUGGGAAUUCAAGGUGCAAAAUUGGAGGAGAAGGAAUGUGUGAUUAUGUAGGUGCUCCGUGCAUACCCCUUUUCGAACUCUUUUUUUUGGAGAUGAUAUUUCAGUUUGAGCUUUUUACGUAGGAUCACAUGCACGUAAUGGCUAGAUGUCAUGUUUUCGUUUAUACAUAGUGUAAUGCUAUCAUGGGCUUUAUUAUAA